ACUUAAAAGUUAAUUACCUCAUAUAAUACAAGAAAUUUAUAAUAAAAAAAAAUCCAAAUAGUGUGAGCCUAUCAUUGUCAUCUAAUGUAACGCAAGCAUUUGUAAAUUUAAAUCAAUCUUAUAUAAAGAGACGGUUCUCCCUCCCCAAAGCUAAUUCGUCUCAGUCAAUCCAUUCCUCGCCUUCCUCUCUCUAUACAUUAUACGUACAAUUCAAAUAUGGAGAUGGAAGUGAUGGUACCUGUGCCGGCCGCCGCCGUGGACAUUAACUUCGAAAGUACUUGCUCCUCUCCUUACAUGACUGCUCCUUCCAGUCCUCAGAGAUUCGGCAACAACUUCUUCAGCGUACCUACCAGUCCCUCCAAUUUCUACCAUCAUUUAGCCGAGCAAUCUGUAAUCCUUAAAUCAAAACUAGAAGAAGAAGAAGACAAAUUAUUGAUCGACGAUGAUCAAGAUUUCGAGUUCAAUUUCAGUGGACCAUUGUACGUACCUCCGAUAUCCGCAGCUGAUGAACUCUUCGACGGCGGCAAGAUCCGCGCCCUCAGACCGCACUCAUUUGCAGCCAAUUCGACGCGCAAAACAGAGGAUGUUCUCUCAGAGGAAAAUUCACAAACACGUGGAAGACAACGAAGCUCUGCUUCGUCUUCAUCAUCAUCAUCAUCAUCAUCGAAUUCUAUUUAUGUACGCCGAGAGAGCAGAUCUCUGCCUCCGCUUAGGUUUCCCGAUGUGUUAAUCGAGCAAGAGGCGAUUGCAGAGAGCACCAAAGCCUCUACAUCCAAAACAAGCAACUCGAGAUCCUACGCAUCAGCAAUUUUGUCUGCGAUUUCGUUCUCUAGAGGUUACAAGAAAUGGAAAUUGAAGGAUCUUCUGUUCCGAAGCGCGUCGGAGGGGAGAGAGCCACUGACGAAAUACUCUGUUUUGAAUUUGAACAGAAGAGAAGUCGAGACUGCAAAUGUUAAGAGUGCGAGCUUCCGGUCGACGGAAGGGAGUGUCGGUUCGGUUUCGAGGAGGAGAGGACCGGUUUCGGCUCACGAGUUGCAUUACACGACCAACCGGGCGGUCUCGGAGGAGUUGAAGAGGAAGACGCAUUUGCCGUACAAGCAUGGGCUGUUGGGUUGCUUGGGGUUCAAUCCAGCGGGUGUGCAUGGCAUUUCCAGAGGGGUUGGAUCUUUGACACGUGGAUGAUCCAGAUCACUCUAUCCAUGCCUCUCUGUUUUCUUUUAUUCUUUUAUUUUUAAAAUUUAAUUUGUUGUUGUAUAUAAUACAACACAACAGACUUGCCUUACACUGGCAACAAACAUACCGGCCCGGCAUAGGCCCCAGCCUGAAUUGACCAUUUGGGUUUUGGACCGGGCUUGGCACAAAAAUCGUAGUCCUAGUCCGGCCUGAGCCAAUGUGAGUCGGGCCUUGAGCCUUUGGAUCAGGCCUAUGGGCUUGGCUUGGCUUUGGUUUCGCUGUUUAUUUAAGCUUCUGCUCGCUCGAAUUACUAAUCCUGGGGUUUCA